GGGGCAAAUUUGAUGCGACACUCGUUUCGAGGGCUGUUCGAAUUGUGUGUAAACACGGAAAGAGCGGACCGCGCGACAUUCCUAAAUUACAAAUAUUUCAAUUACUGAAGUGUAACAAGCCACAACCCCAUGCAAUCACAGUUAGCAGGGGUGCACAAUCCACCAGACAUGUUUCAAUACGCAGAUCCCCGGAUCGAAAACUACUUCCUAAUGAAGUCCCCUUUACCAGUCACGUUAAUUAUGGCGUUUUACACAAGUUUUGUCUUUAAAAUCGGACCAGCCCUCAUGAAAAACAGACCACCGAUGAAACUCGACAGGAUUAUUAUGGUGUACAAUUGGGUGCAGAUAAUCCUGAACGGUGUUAUUUUUCUAAUGGCGUUACGAGAGCUCCCGAAGUUAAGUAUUUUUUGCUCCCCAAUUGAUAAAUCCAAGCACCCUGACGCCCUUGCCGUCUUAAACCUACAAUACGCUUACACAAUGCUCAAAAUCUUCGAUCUUUUAGACACGAUAUUCUUCGUGCUUCGGAAGAAGCACAGUCAAGUGACCUUCCUCCACGUGUACCACCACACCAUGAUGGCGGUGUUUUCCUGGAUCACGUGCAAAUUCUUCAUCGGGGGCCAAGUCUUCUUUCUAGGUUUGCCCAACCUUUUUGUCCAUGUUGUGAUGUAUUUCUAUUAUUUUCUAACCUCGUGGGAUCCCACGUACAGGAACAGCGUGUUGAAGAAAUACAUCACGCAACUCCAAAUUCUCCAACAUUGUUUCAUUUUUACUGCUUUCGCUCUGCCGCUCUUCAAUACAAGCUGCUCGUACCCGAAGCCCUUAUUGAGCGUUUUCCUAACACAGGCCGCUAUAAUGAUUUAUCUCUUCACGAAUUUUUACAUUAAAGCUUAUCUAAGGCCGAAGAAAGUUAAUUAAAUGCGCCUCAAACACUGUGAAACUUUAUAAAUAAAUAAUAAAUUAUUUGA